AUGUCAACAAGGUUUUUUAUACAGAAUAAGGGGGACGGUUGGAAGGUGGAAGAUCAUAAAGUUCAUGAAGGGGACGGAAAAUUAGAUGAUUUGUGUAAAAAUGAAGGUUCAUCAAACGGCUUUGUCAAUAGAUUGCUGAGCUUUGAUGACAAUUUCAAUGAUGGUAAAAUAUGCCUAGGACUAUUAAAUAUCAGAUCAAUUGUAUCCAAAUCAAGUGAUGUGUAUGAACUCCUGGUUGAUGGACUAGAUGUGUUAGUGUUAACAGAAACAUGGCAUGGACAUCAAAAUGAUAUUUCUGUAAAAUCGGCAAUGCCUGACGGGUACAGUUAUGUUGACUAUAUCAGAAAACAUGAUCCAUAUUGUUACAGACGUGAAUGCGAGAUACGAAUUGGUAAUUAG